AUGACCACUGUGACGUCUUCGCCAAACGGUACCGGUAAAUUGUGGUAUUGCACAAACGAGCGUCUUCGUCGUGAGUUCUUCCACACAGGUGCCUCCAUACCACCCAUUCAACCACAUCCCGAAGAAACUGAAAAUUCACAAGGAUCAAUUAAAAAUUUACGAAAUAAAAAAACCCUUAAAUCUAAUGAAAUGAAGCAGAAAAAUAAAAAACAAAAGAAACUGGAUAAAGAAGAAGUUGUGGAUGAAAUUAAUAUUAUUACUGCCAGUUCUAACACUAUUAUUAAUUCUAGCGUUAGUGUUAUAUCAACACAAAAAAAGCUACAAAUUGAUUUCCAAGAUAGUCAAAUUGAUGAUCAAAUGAAUGGUGUUCAAAAAUUUGAAUCUCGUAAUAGAUCUCAUUUAAAAAAUUUUGAAAAACUCAAAGCUGACAACGAAGGCGAGGAUGAAAAGGAGGAAUUAGAUAAUGAGGAGGAGCAAGAAGGCGCGGAAGAAAAAGAAUAUGUAAAUAAACCACAACCUAAAUUUCGUAAUAAAUUAUCUCAAACCAAAACAAGCGUAAAAUCUCAAUCCAAAUCUCAUUACGAUUUUAACUCUAAUGAAGAAGAACAAGAUGAGGAAGCAGAGGAAAUACAGGAGGAGUUGGAAGAAGAAGAAUCACCUAAAAUUACAAGAACCUUAAGAACAAAAAGAGUCAUUAUUCAACCUAGCAAACCUUCUAGAAAAUCAUUGCGUCAUUCAAAAGAAACAUUGAAUAGUAAUGAAUCAUUGGUACAAGAUUUUAAAGGAAGAGAUGUCGUUUUUGUUGAUCCUUUGGAUAAAAAUGCUGGCUUUUGGUGGCCUGCAAUGAUUGUUCCAAAUGACGAACUUGACGAGAGCAUGGAUUUUGAUUGUGAUAUUGAUCAUUUGUUACUAGAAGGAAAUUUUCUUGUAAAAUAUUUCGAGGAUAUGACAUAUUCUGUAGUAGAGCAUAAAGGAUUAAAGCAUUUCAUGUUGGGUGAUGAGCCUUACUUGACUUUUGUAAAAAAAAAAGGAUUUCUUGAUCAUAUUGGAGUUAAGAGAGCUCUCAAAUGCAUAAAAAAUAAUGGCGAACCAUCUAAAAGUUUUCAAUGGGAUUAUUGGAAAAAUCCACUUGGAAAAACGAAAGAUAACAAACGGUCGGUAACUAACCGCAGAAUUAUUGCUACUACUACAAAUAAUAGGGCGAUAAGUAGGUCAUUUGCAGCAUCUAAACCAAAUAAUAAAAAAUAUAAAAAUAAAGACAGCAUACAAACCAAAAGGUUUUCUGAUAUCACGCCUCCAUCAUCAAUUCGACAAAUUAAAAACAAAUCAAAUUGUAACAACAAUGAUCACAAUCGUCACUCAUCCAAAUCAGCUAAUACGCACCAACUUAACAAAUCUUAUAAUCGUAAAUCUAUGAAACGAAAUCAUAGUAGCAUUUCACUUAAAUCUGAAUUUGAAAAUGUUACCAAGAUUACUACUCAUCAUAAUUCCGCCUAUUACAUCGCGCCAAAAUCUCGUAAGCUGCGACACACUUCAGAAAUUGAUUUGAUGGAUGAAGAUUCCAAAACUGAAACGUAUUCAGAUGUUACAAUUGAAGAAGAACAUAAUAAUUAUUCAACGGAUGCAUUUAAAAUAGAAAUUCCACUCAUUCCACAAAUAUCAAUCGAAAAUUUGAGUGAAGAAGCGCGAACGAAUCUUUCCAGAUUCAAUUUUAAAGAUCCUGAUCUUGAUAAAAAAGCCAAAGAGAAGCUUUAUGAGGAAGCAGAGGAAAAAUUAAGAUCAUUAUGUAAAGAGUAUCGUACAGCUAUGAAGGAUUUAAAAAAAAUGGAAAAGGAUUUAUUCAAUUCUGUAGAUGAUGACGAAGAGAGUUACGCUAAUGAAGGAGUUGAAGUUUUUUAA